AUGCUAGCAGGAACUCCCAAGAAGGCAAGAACGAAACGAGUCAUUGUCUCGGAAACGCCGACAACGCCAGACACUCCACAACAAGGCAGAGGCAAUGCGAGCAGCUCUGCUACGAGCAGUACUAAUAGGCCUCAGAAGAAUAACGAUGAAGCUGAAAAGAGACAGCGUAGACAGUCUCUCGUGGAGGAAUCUCGAAGACGUAAAUCAUUUGGUCCAAGACCACCAUUGCCUCCAUCAAGCAGAAACAACACCGAUUACGAUGAUCAACCUUCUGGUCCUCUUUCUACUGGUCUAUCUCCUGAAGAAGUCAACAAGAGAUUUGAAGAGUGGAUGAAGAUUGCUGCUGACAAUAAAAUCAAUGCAAACAAUUCAUGGAAUCUCGCAUUGAUUGACUACUUUCAUGAUUUGACUCUCUUGCGUGAUGGAGACUCAAUCAACUUCACAAAGGCUUCCUGUACACUGGACGGUUGUGUCAAGAUCUAUACCUCCCGUGUAGAUUCUGUAGAUGCCGAGACCCGCAAGUUGCUCAGUGGACUGGUCGAUUCCGCUACUGAAUUGAGCUCUCGUAGACGAGCUGAUGGAGAGGUCGACGGUGAUGAUGAAAACGAGAACGAAGAUGGAAAUGGUCAGCAGAAGAAGACCAGGAAGAGAGCAAAUCGAGCAGGGCGAACUCUAGAAACAGACAUCAACCAGCUCAAUGUCAAAAAGUUUGACUCAGAGUUCAUGGUAGACCCACUCUUCAAAAAGACUUCAGCCGAUUUCGAUGAAGGUGGUGCUCGUGGUCUCUUGUUGAAUCAUCUGUGUAUCUCGAAUACGGGACACAUGAUAUUCGAUGCUUCGGAUGCUACUGUCAAGGACGUUGUGGAUCCUAAUGCUACUAUAACGGAAUCUACAAUGGUGAAUUUGACGAAACUGAAGUUGAAAUUCGAUGUGGUUCUAACCACCAUGUGGACUCGUGACAUAUGUCCCUCAUUAAAGACAUUCGAAUUCUCAUCCGACAAUGCUGCUCUACCCUUUGAUCCCUCGAAACUCCUUCCCGAACGUCCAAAAGACGACGAACUAUCAUCACAGCGUGCCAAACCGAACGAUGACGACGACGAUGAUGAUCCGUUUGCUGCAUUCGAUGAUACUCAACAAGUCGGUUAUGGUGAUAGAGGUGGUGCCGGCGACGAUUAUAUGGACGAUGAUAUGCCAAUGGGUUCUGAUGAUGGAAUGAAUAAUCAGAAUAAUAAUGAAGACCAGCAUCAACAAGCCAAUGGUAACGGUAAAAGGAAUGAUAAUGGCAACGCAGGUGGUGAUAAGGAAGAGUAUGUGCAAGGGACAUUGGGAGAGAAACAUUAUGUGAUUUCCAAUGAGACUGAAGAUGAUGGCCUCUUCUCAUACUUUGAUUCUACUACAAGACGUGGUUGGGCUGGUCCUGAACAUUGGAAGUUCAAGUCCGCUUCAAGAGCCAAAACAGAAGGUUUGGGUGCAGCAGCAACAAAGAAAAGGGGACGCAAAGCCAAGGAACCUUUUGUUAUCAAGUUUGCAACUGGAACAAGACCUAAUCUUGAUGAAUUGUUUGCACCUGGGCCUACUUCUACGACCUUGUCUAAAACUGCUUGGGCAGUGACGACAAAGACAAAGAAUCUUCUUCCUGAUGAUUUACAUUACUCGUCAAAGGACUUGUUGAAACUAUUUCUCAAACCAGAUUGCACGAUCAAAUUUAGAAGAAAGGACGGUUCAGCCAAGGUCGUUACGCAAAAUAAAAAUGUCAAUGCAGACGAUGCUGAAGCUCAAUUCUGGGCAGACGCUCGAGCAGAGAACAAUGUCGAGAAUGGUGCUGGUCAUCAACCAGAGCAGCUAGGACCAUUCCCAGACGAUCCAUUUGGAUUCGAUGACGACGAUGAUGACAUUGAUGACGGUAUGGAACCCAUGACUCAAAUCAAUCACAUGAUGCCAUCAGACGACAAUAUGCGCCGCUACUCUAUGGCUGGAUCUACUGCUGGAGAUUAUGCGUCUCAGUUGAUUGAGCAGCCAAAGAAGGUCAAAAUUGUACCUUUGAACUAUGCACGAGCUGCUAAACGGGUUGAUGUACGAGCCUUGAAGCAAAAUAUUUGGAUGGAGCUUGUGAGGAAUCCUACAAAGCGUCGCUCAUCCAACAUCUUUACGGACCCUCCAAUGAUUACACCAUUAGGCCGUGAAUCAACAGCAAACCCAACAGAGCUAGUACCCGAUACACGAAAAUUCUCUGAUGUAGUACAUGAACUAUCAUCAGUCUACCCAGAACGUAAAUUCAAAGACAUUUCCGUGGCUUUUUGCUUUAUAUGUGUCUUGCAUCUUGCCAAUGAGAAUCAUCUCAAGAUUGAAGGACAGGAGUCAUUGAACGAUUUGGUUAUUAUGCAGGGAUGA